UUUAUGUGGUGAUUUAUGAAUAGAUGUGAAUGUGUCUUAAAACAUAUCAAGCUGGCUCACCAGUUUUGGUUUUCGUUCCCUCCACCAGGGGCGUCUGGUGGUAGUUCAUCAAAUACCAAAGCAGGACCAACCGAGGAGGAGAAACAAAAGGAACGCCAGAAGAAUGAAAAUGCUGAACGCGAGCAACAAAAACAUCAAAAAAUUGAAGCUGCAAUAUUUAAGCGUGAAGCCCGAGAAGUUCGCCAAUUGGACAACGAGCUUUUAAACCAACGAAGAGCACAAGAGAGAGAACGCCAAGCGCAACUUGGUUCCGAACGACAAGCAGUAGCGACCACAGCAGCCUUGACUGUUAGUACAUCGAUUCCAAGUAAAACUGAUGGAAUUGUACCAAUACUUGAUACUGAAAAGUCUCCUAGUGUGAAGAGUGUAACUGACAACACAACGAUGGCUUUGAAUGAAUUGGGGCAAGUGAGCCUUGACCGUGCACAGGAGGAGGAACAAAAACCACUUUCACCAAUGAAUGUAGGCAUAUUGAACAAACCUUCAAAUUUGGAAUAUCAAGAAAGUACCCCUACGGUACCUUUUGAGUUUGUUCAAAAUAGACAUGAUUCAACCGAAAGCGAACUUUCAACUACGUACUCACAAUCUCAGUCGGAGGCGUACCAAAAACUGAUGUGUCGUGCUCCAAUAGCAUCAUUGGAUUGCAUGGAGGAGUUCAGCGGUACAACAGCUCAGCUAGAUUUCGGUCGUUCAAUAAGCUUGGGUUCGAAUCCUGCUAUUCCAAUACGGAAUAAUGCCACGACUACACCUGGAUUGCGGUACAAAAAUCUUGGGAAAAGCGGUUUGCGAGUGUCCAACGUCGGUCUGGGGACAUGGCCAAUAUUUUCACCAGGAGUAUCGGAAGAGCAAGCCGAAUCGAUUCUACGGCUAGCAGUAGACAGUGGAAUUAAUCUGUUUGAUUUAUCUGAAGCGCAUUCUGGUACUCGAGCCGAACUAGAAUUAGGGAAAAUAAUACAAAAGGCAGGCUGGAAACGUACCAGCUUUAUUGUUACGACUAAAAUCUAUUGGAGCACCAAGUCUGAUGAACGAGGAUUAUCUAGAAAACACAUUAUAGAAAGCGUCCAGGCCAGUCUACAAAGAUUACAGAUAUCUUAUAUAGAUAUUAUACUUGUACAUAAAGCAGAUUCAAUGUGUCCAAUGGAAGAAAUAGUACGAGCAAUGAAUUAUGUCAUCUCGCAAGGGUGGUCAAUGUACUGGGGAACGGCUAGGUGGUCUCCAGUUGAGAUAAUGGAGGCAUACACAAAUUGUAGACAGUUCAACUGUGUAACGCCCAUUGUCGAACAAGCAGAAUAUCAUAUGUUUUGCAGAGAAAAGGCUGAAUUAUACCUUCCGGAAAUGUAUAACAAAAUCGGAGUAGGAUUCAUGGCAUGGGGUCCACUAUCAAUGUGUUUAGGAGAUGCGCAGAACGGAGAUAGGUUGUGGUUACCAAAGGGAUCUUUCAAAACUAAAAGUCAAAGUUAUUCUUGGACAGAGGAUGAAGUGAAUAAAGAAGAACGCUUGGAAGAAUCUAGAAGAAUGUACGAUAAAGCUAGAGAUAUUAGUACCCUUGCUGAAAAGCUAGGUUGCAAUGCCAUGCAACUAUCAAUUGCAUGGUCAUUGAAGCAUGAACCAGUUCAAUGUUUGCUGUUGGGCGCGACAUCUCCAGAGCAACUUCAUCAAAGUUUGCAAGCUUUGCAGCUCCUGCCACGAUUAUCAACUGGUGUGAUGUUGGAAAUCGAACGAAUUUUGGAUAACAAGCCAAUUAGGCCACCACCAAUUUCAACACUCGCGCUUCGGUGACAAUCAGCAUGCCCUCCGGGGCCGCCCAGCUCGACUGG